CAGGAACAGGUGCUAGGUAUAGAUAGCUCCCUACCCCCUUCAUCCUCACCCCCAGACCUGAGCUGCAGAGAGCAUUGACCACUCUCCGGAGUCUAUGGGAGGCGUGCUAAGGACCAGAGGAGAGUCCAGCAGCGGUCAGUGAGCCCUGAGCAGCAGGGAGACUGGAACAACCAGCAGAGGGCACCAGUGAAUCACCCCCGAUGGAGGGACACCUGUCUCUUGGGGCAUGCAUGAUGCCUGCUGCAUCUCCCAAAUGGCCACAGUUCAGGAUAGAGGUGACAGCAGGCCUAUCCCACCAAGGCCACUCCAUGUAACUGUGAGUACCCCAAGUUCCUCCAAAUCCAGCGCAUCAGCCCUGUCCUGUGCUCUCUAGGCCUGCUCUGGCUGUGUCUCUCCAGGGCAUCAGACCAGCAGGAUUGUGCUUGGAGUCCCAGGAAAUGGAGCGCCCUCCAGCUCUGUCCCCUGGAUAUGCCAUGAGCCCUUUUAAGAACCAGGACUCGGGGGAGCACCCUAGGUGACCUGGAACGGGCACUUCCUUUCCCAGAAGCCUUGAGAGUUCCCAGGGUGGUAGCCCAGCCCUCACCUCCUUCAACUAGCCCUGGCAGCGGUCCAGGUCCGUGGCGCCCUGCCAGCUGAUGGAGGAGAGUGUGGCAGCCAGCACUGGAGUAGGGGGACAAGGAUGGGUGCUGGGAGCUUCUCCACACCCCUGCACCCUCUCCACUCCUAGGGAGAUUCAGAGCCCGGCCACGCCCCCACCCCCACAGCCCCAGGCUUGGCUCCCACAGUUCCCAUCCAGGCAGGGCUGCAAGUAGGUGACUGGAUGGCUGCUGAGAAGGGCAGGGUGAAUGGGGGUGUGGACCUGGGCAAGUGCACUGCUCAGCCAAUCAGCGACCUGCCCGGCCGGUGGAUUCGGUUACAAGCCCAAGAUCACCCCAUACUCCAGCCUCUCUCCUCCUCCGCCUGCAGCUCCAUUCAUUGGCCCCGCCACUCUGGGGCCUGCUGGGCACUGCUUCCGUUCAGGCCGCUCAGCUGCUGCCUCGUGGGGCCACCCCGGGCAGGCAUCCUGGGGGCUUUGUCUGACCGGGCUGGGCCAGGACAGAAUGGGGGUUCUGCCAGCGCUCUUGAGAUUGCUGGGCUUUCUGGGGGUAGCUCUGGGGGGCUCCCCUGCUCUCCACUGGGACAGUACCUCCUGCUACCUGGACAGACCCAUCCCUGGCAGCCCCCUGAGGUCCCUGAGCUUCCUGGGCAAGGAUGCCCAGGGAGCGGCCUUGUACCACGCCCACUGGGAUGCGCGCAGGAGGCUGCGGGGUUGUAGCCGGCAGGAUGAACCCGAGCUCACUGCUGUUUUCGCUGCCGUCUGUGCUCACGAGAGCACUCGGGGCUCCUUCAUCCACACCCCUGGACCUGAGCUGCAGAGAGCUCUGAACACCCUUCGGAGUCAGUGGGACACCUGCCGAGAGCCUGAGGAGAGGCCGGCAGGGGCCAGAGAGAAGCGAGCGGCAGGGCGGAGCGGAGCGCACCAGCGAAGGAGGAGAGGCUGGACCAUGCCGGGCACGCUGUGGUGUGGCGUCGGGGACUCCGCUGGGAACUCCUCGCAGCUGGGGAUCUUCCAGGGCCCCGAUCUCUGCUGUCGGGAGCAUGACCUCUGUCCACAGAACAUCUCGCCCUUGCAGUACAACUACGGCAUCCGGAACUACCGAUUCCACACCAUCUCCCACUGCGACUGUGACGCCAGAUUCCGGCAAUGCCUGAGGAACCAGCGUGACUCCAUCUCAGACAUCGUGGGCGUGGCCUUCUUCAACGUGCUGGAGACCCCCUGUUUCGUGCUGGAGGAGCAGGAGGCCUGUGUGGCGUGGUACUGGUGGGGCGGGUGCAGGAAGUAUGGCUCGGCGCUGCUUGCCCGCCUCCAGCCCAGGACCCAGUACAAUGCAUCCUGGAACUCUCCAGCCACCUCCCUGACCCCUAGCCCCCAACCCCCAGCUGCUACCAAAGCACAACAGAAGCAGCAUCCUUCAAAGCAGCUGAAAGGGUCCGAGCAUCCCAGCAAAGCCAACGUCGCAGCCCUCCAGGCUUCCGUGGCCUCUCCCAGGCCUGAUGUGGCACCCACAGCCCAACCAGGGAGCUCCCAUCCAGACCGCCAGGGCCCACAGGCUAGCCUAAAACCUCGAGGUCCCCGACGGGCCUGCCGCAGCUUCCGCCGCCUGGACCAGUGUGAGCACCAGAUUGGGCCCCAGGAAACCAAGUUCCAGCUGCACAACGCAGCCCAGGAGCCCCUCUUCCACUGUAACUGCACACGCCGUCUGGCGCGCAACGCGAAGCUCCAUGGCCUACCUGCGGGCACCAGUGUGCUUUGGGAGCUGCUGGGCACGACCUGCUUCAAGCUGGCUCCUCCACUGGUCUGUGCAGAGGGCAAAGGCUGUUCCAGAGACCCCAGGGCCAUCAAGGUGUCAGCUCAGCACUUGCGGCGGCUUCAGCAAAGGCGACUCCAGUUCCAGGAUACAGGCACAGCUGAGGGACAGGUGUGGCCUUCGGAGGACACAGGAGCCCCCGUGUCAUUCUAUGACCAGUGCCUGAAGCUAACCCAGGCAGCCCAAAGACCUGACGGGAGGCAGAAAUCAUGGAGCCAGUGACCUCAGUCAGCUCUCCUGGGCACCAGCCUGGACCUUGUUCCUGGCUUUGCUGGGCCCUGGAAUUCUCCACCUCCUCUCCAUGGGUGAGACCGAGGCAUGGUAGAGGCUCUUGUGGACAGCUAGAAGGCAGGACAGUGGGAGCGGGAGUCCUCAAAUGCUGAACCACAUCACCUGCUGCACUGGCUGAUCCUGGGCUGGUGACACAACCUCUCUGUGCCUGGAUAUGGUGUUUGGGAGGCUCAUUCUGAUGCUCCAGGCUUGAGCCUUGCUGGGGAACUUCAUGUAUGGAUGACUGUGCGGGGAGGGUAACUUAUUGCAGCAGUCCUGGGAGGUACCAGGAGUAGGUGCAUGCAUGCCCAUGUUGCAAAAGCGAUUUCUCAAGAACUUGCUGAGGGGAGCCCCAGUGCCAGGCUGCUAAGGCCUGGGGCAGCAGGCAGGGAGUUUAAGAGAUGCCACAGAAGUGCCUGUGUCUGGGUAUAGGAAGGUGGGGGGUCUGCGGAGGACGUCCUAACUCCUCCUCCCAGGGGGCCCCUUUUUAUACUAGCUGCUGUGAUUUUCCUAACCCAGUCCUGGAUCAUUCCUCCUGGCCUAAACCUAAAUUCAAAUCUCCCCCAUGCCCUUGGGCAAGGGGCUCCUCUCCCCAGUUCUCAGCCUUUGUUUUCUCCUCUGAAAAGGAGGGUCCUCAACGAGAGCUACCUCACAGGGUUGUUGAGGAUGAAAUGUACCAAUGCAUGAUGACGCUUAGCACCGAGUGAGCGCUCCUUCCCUCCCACACGGCCAGUCUGUGCUUUGUGUCUGAGUUUGAAAGGCUGCUGUAACUUCUUGGAGACCUCAGUUUGCUCACCUGUGAACUGGGGCUAAGAAUGGCACCGAACCCACUGGGCUGUGGUACAGAUGAGAAGAGACGACAUGGGUCGUGUAUAUGGCUGGUGCCCGGUAAAUGUCAGCUCUGUCACUCCCUUGGUUGGCUCUUUGAUCCAUACUUU